AUGGCACACAAAUUUCAAAAGAAAUAUGUUUAUCUGGGUGAACAUACCCCAUCGCUUGAUGUACAACAUCUGCAACGGGCUUUACGAUCCUUCGUUUUGGCUGUGGUAACAAACAAAAUGUGGACAAUGUAUGUGGUCGCUGUUAUGAGGCAAAAUGAUGCGGGGGGGGGCUUUCGGAGCCCUGCUACACGACCAUCACUUUGCAAGGUUUCUUUGGCCCACGAAAACCGACCGAACCCCCAUCAUGAAGAGAGCCACAUUGAUCUUGAAUCAAUGUGGCUCCUGUGA